AUGGCUCUUUCCUCCCCACGACUUCAACUUCUCUUUCUCUUCAAUAACGUCAACUCAUCACUCCACCCACCGUCAACCAUUUUCUCAACAUCUUGCCUUAUGGAGCUUUUGUUCCGACUUUUUUUCCCCCUCGCCCAUCAUUGUGUUUCUUUUUUCUUUUUUUUUUAUAAUAUCUAUCUUCCCUUCUUCUCGCCUCCAUUUUGUUUUUUUCUACAAAGCGUAAAAGAAAGAAAGUCAUCUUUGUUUUUCACCUUUCUUCAUCGCCAUCAUUUCAAUCUUUCUCUUCUCCCUUUAUCAUUUUUCUUCUCUGACACGCUCUUUCUAUCACCAUUCUUUAUAUUUUCUUCCCCUGUUUUCACCAACAUAUUUUCUUUCUUUUCUCUUUUUUGCAAUUUGAUCCUUUUUCUUCAUUUUCCUCUCUUACAUUUUUUUUCUCGACUUUAUUGUCUAAUUUCCCUUUUCCUAUUUUAUAUUCUUUCUGCUUCCUCUUCUACUUUUUGCUUUUCUUUUCUGUCGUCUUCUACAUGUCUUUAUUAUCUUCUUACUCACUUCUUCUUCUUCUUCUUCUUCUUCUUCUUUAAUCUUAUAUUUCUUUUUCUUCUUUUUCUUCCUCUUUUUCUUCUUCUUGUUCACUUUUUCUUCUUUUUGUUUUUCUUCUUCGUGUAUUUCUUUUUUUUCUUCUAUUUCUUCUUUUUUUCUUUUUCUUCUUCUUUUUCUUCUUCUUUUUCUUUUCUUCUUUCUCUUUUUCUUCUUUUUCUAUUUUCUUCUUUUUAUUUUUCUUCUUCUAUUUCUUCUUUUCUUCUUCUUCUUUUUUCUUCUUGUAUUUUUCUUUUCUUCUUCCUCUUUUUAUUUUUCUCGUUCGCUUUUUUCUUCUUUUUGUUUUUCUUCUUCGUGUAUUUCUUUUUUUCUUCUGUUUCUUCUUUUUCUUCUGUUUCUUCUUUUUCUUCUUUCUUCUUUUUUCUUUUCUUCUUUCUCUUUUUCUUCUUUUUUCUUCUUUUUUCUUCCUCUUUUUCUUUUUCUCGUUCGCUUUUUCUUCUUUUUGUUUUUCUUCUUGUAUUCCUUCUUUUUCUUCUUCUAUUUCUUCUAUUUCUUCUUUUCUUCUUCUUCCUUUUCUUCUCCUUCUUCUUCUUCUUCUUCAGUAAAAGCUUCUAA